AUGGAUCUGAAAUCUAAUCAUACAUCGCCUGUUCUUACUGACUCUGCUCCGAUGAAUAACUCGAGAUUAGGCACCAAUUCAUCUCUUCUUCCAUACUCUCCCACUGGUUCAGUAUUUUCUCGCUCUCUCUCCCUUGCAAUCCCAAGGAGAAGGCCUGGAAUACUUGAUGAUGUUCGAUCAAGCGUGUUGGAUGCCAUGAAAUCAUCAUCUCCGACUCAUACCACAUUAACUAAAGAUUCCAGCACGGAUUUAACAUUAAGUGAUGGUGACGUUGCUUAUCGCAAUUGGAUGAUAAAGUAUCCAUCAGCACUGGCAUCAUUUGAGCAAAUAGCAAAUGUUGCAAAAGGAAAGCGAUUAGCCUUGUUCUUGGACUAUGAUGGGACUUUAUCCCCAAUCGUAGACAACCCAGAUCAUGCAUUCAUGUCAAAUGCAAUGCGUGAUGCUGUAAGAAAUGCAUCAAAUUAUUUUCCAACGGCAAUAAUUAGUGGGAGAAGCCGUGAUAAGGUUUAUGAGUUCAUAGGACUGACAGAACUUUACUAUGCUGGAAGUCAUGGGAUGGACAUUAUGUGCCCUGUUCGGUCCAUUUCUAACGACUAUGUGAAUUGUAUUAGGUCAUCUGAGAAGCAGGGCAAAGAGGUUAAUUUGUUCCAGCCUGCUAGUGAAUUCUUGCCUAUGAUCGACGAGGUUUUUAGAUCCCUUGUCGAAACUAUGAAAGGUGUAACUGGUGCAAAAGUUGAGAACAACAAAUUCUGUGUUUCUGUACACUACCGUAAUGUACACGAAAAGAGUUGGAAAGUAGUCGGUCAAUAUAUUGAAGAAAUUUUGAAAAACUAUCCCCGACUGCGGCUGACACAUGGUCGAAAGGUUUUAGAAAUUCGACCAGUGCUUGACUGGGACAAGGGCAAGGCAGUCGAGUUUCUACUUGAAUCACUUGGAUUAGUUGAUUGUGACGAUUUUCUUCCCAUAUACGUUGGAGAUGAUCGCACUGAUGAAGAUGCAUUUAAGGUUUUGCGAGAGGGUAAUCGAGGUUACGGUAUAUUAGUUUCUUCCACACCAAAGGAAACCAAUGCAUUUUACUCUCUCAGGGAUCCAUCAGAGGUCAUGGAAUUUCUCAACAACUUGGUGAAAUGGAGGAACACGAAGUACUCUAGGAUUCUACUGUGA